AUUAACGCACAUAGGAGUAUUAAUUAUUUUAAGAAUCACUUUUUGUCUUAUCGACACGCUGGAACGUCAUUGAGUGACACGAGACAACAGCCCCCCCUAGUGGGUUUGUACUCGUCACUGAAGUAACAAGGAGCUUUUCGGCUGAGCACUCCCGAGAAGACAGAAAAGCUUAUUUUUCACCGGAAACAAACCAGUGGGGCUUUUUAAAAUUCGUUUGAGUGUCACUUGUCAAGGUUUUGCAAAGUUUGACAUUGUUGGGAGUUAGACUCCAGCCAACGGGAAGCUGCGCACAACGUUUUUCCUCCCAGCAGUGUCAUCCUUUUUCCCGUCCAAAGGUUUGACUAUGACUCGACCACUGGUGUUCUUUUUGUUCUCUUUACUUCUCGCAGCUGUGUGUGCGACCAUAGAGGAUGGUGGCUAUGAUGAUGUUGCCGAGGAAGAUGAUGAGCAUCAUCUCGACUACACCAAACUUCACUGGUGUCACUCUCCACGUCUCGUCAACGGGGAGCUGUCCUGCCAUUCCCCACGAGGUCGAGCAUACCGGACCACCCAGGGCACCCGCUGCACCAUGAGCUGCGAUCGAGGCUACCGCCUGAUUGGUCGGACGUCCAUCCAGUGCCUCGCCAACCGUCGCUGGUCAGGGGUCGCCGUCUGCCGCAAGAUGCGAUGCGGUGUGUUGCCUCUCAUUCCGCACGGCAGAUACACGUGCACUCAGGGCUUUGUGGUGGACUCCAGAUGCGACUUCACCUGCACCCCCGGCUAUCACAUUGAGGGGGAGUACACACGCACGUGUCAGCACGGGGGGACCUGGAGCGGGGCACAGCCCAUUUGCUUAGACACAGAACCUCCAAAAAUCAGAUGUCCGCGAUCCAGAAUCAGUGUGGCAGAACCUGGUAAACUGACUGCCAGAGUAACUUGGGAUGCACCGGUUGCCACAGACACAGCUGAUAAAACACUUGAUGUGAUUCUAGUUGGCCAGCAGCCCGGCACGGACUUUAACGAGGGAGCCAAUAUAAUUCGCUACAAAGUGUACGAUCAAGCCAGAAACAGAGCUGCCUGCAAAUUUAUCGUCCGUGUUGAAGUGAGGAGGUGCUCUGCCUUGUCUCCGCCUUUGCACGGUUCCCUCACCUGCUCCUCCGAUGCCACCAACUACGGCGCCGUCUGCGAGUACCACUGCGAUGGCGGGUACGAGCGCAAUGGCGUGUCCAGUCGGGUUUGCCAGCAAGACCGCAGCUGGAGUGACGACCCUGUGGAGUGCGUUCCCAUGGCGAUCGAGACAAAUGUGAAAACGGUGUCGGCUCUACUACGUCAAUUUUUCCAGACGAGGCGACUUCUCAUCCUGUCUGCGCCCGACAUAGCCGACCCAGACUACCAGCUGCAGAACAUCAUGAUACAAAAAGCAGACUGCGGAUUACAACUGCGCCACGUGACGCUCAUCGAGCUGCUGGACUCGCCCCCGCGUGAGAUAGGACGCAUCAAGGAUCACAACUUGACCUCGCUAGUUGUUGAGGAACUGAGGCUCACAUUCCGAAUCUCCAGGCAAUACUUCAGCAUGGUGCUGGUGGACAAGCUCGGGCAGGAUCGGGAGCGCUUCAUCACCCCCAUGGCGUCCGAGGAGCUCUUCUCCUACAUUGACGGCUUCUUGCUGGACGAAGAGGAAAGGGAGAAGCUGGAUCGCCACAGGGACUUUUGCGAGUCAUAAAAUAAAUAAUAAACAGAGUGGGAGAGAGGGACAAGGUGACAUAAGGGCCAAGAAAGCCCAGAUGGACGCAGGAGGAAAGGUGCACAAACCUCCUACGCUUGAGUGUUUCUGCUGAUCAUCAGUAAAGCCUACAUGAAAAAACAAUGGAGCACAAAACACAUUGUCGCAUGCGCACACACACACACG